AUGUCCGGCAAGCUCGACCAGACUCUUGACGAGAUCCUCUCUAGCCAGCGGCGCGACCGCAACCGCCGCCGCUCGCGCCGCUCGUCUGGCGCCAAGGCCACUACCAACACUGCUCCUGCUGGCGGCGUCCAGAAGAGCUCCAAGGCUGCUCGCAAUGCGACCAAGCCCACGCCUGCGAAGACUGGCGGUCUGACCGGCGAGAGCAAGAUUGUGGUCAGCAACUUGCCCAAGGAUGUCUCGGAGGCCCAGAUCAAGGGCAUCCUUGGAGGACGCCUUGACCCGUGCGACACCAUGUCGUGGUCACUUGGAACAGGACGCCGUCGAUUAUCAACCCUCGGACUCGAAGAGUACUUUCAGCAGUCUGUCGGUCAGGUUAAGAAGGUUGAGCUCUCUUACGGCCCCGGUGGUGUCAGCCGCGGCAUCGCACAUGUCACCUUCCACCACGCCGAUGGCGCCUCCAAAGCCUUUGCAAGCCUCAAUGGUCUUUUGAUUGACAACAAGCCAGUCAAGGUCGAGGUCGUUGUCGCUAAUGCCGAUCUUAUCCCUCAACCUAAGCCGCUUGCCGCGCGCAUCGCCCAGCCUAAGGCUCAGCCCAAAUCUGCUGCUACGGUGAAGAACACGAACGGCAACAAAGAGGGCGGUGCUGGCAAGAAGAAGACCCGCCGCGGUCGCAGCAACCGCCCUGUCAAGAAGACCCUUGAAGAGCUCGAUUCCGAGAUGGCCGAUUACUUCGCUUCGGCCAACACUAACGACACCAACGCGAACAACGCUAAUGGCACCUCCUCUGCCACCGCUGCUGGUGGCGAUGCCCCGAUGGAGGAGGAUGUCUUGUAA